AUGCACCCAUUAAAUUUGAAUUCGACGUCGAGAAAUAACUCUCAAACAGACCCUUACGCCGCUGCGUUUCUGCACGAGCAGCUUGGGGAAGCGAAGUGGAGUAUUUUCUCCGCUCGCCUUUUUGAGCGCAGACUCGGUAGCUCAAGGAAUAAAUCUCGCAGUAAGGUCAAGAAUGGCGACAGCGAGUUCAACAGCUCCGGUGGCGGUGCCACCGCCAUCGAUUUUCUAGUCAAAGUCGAAGUUGUCAAAGAGGUCCUGAGGACUUACGUUCCUCAUCCCUACAACCCCCUAAAGUCCCUCUCACAUGCCUAUGAACGCUCGCCCGGGGGUUACGUCACCCUCACACGCUCUACCGUCCUGGUACUUUCAGGAUGGUCGAAUACCCAAUUUUCUUACUGGGCUCGCCGCUCUGAAGGAAUAUCAGUGCUUGCAGUGCACGACCAUCGAUUACGCGCAGUGGCGUUAGCUCUUGAACGGCGGCUCAGAGCCGAAAAUCUUGCUUGUUCCUCUCUUGAUGCAACCCAAAAUAUGUUGACAACGCUAGACGCGGCAACUGAGGAGCAGAGUACAAGUGUCACUGGAAAAGGCCUUGAUAUUAUUAUCGAGGAGAUAAAAAAGAAUAAAGGGGCAAGCCCUUUCCUCCGUGGAAAGCAUUCGAGUCUCGAUCCAUUCGGUUCGACGAACACCGAGAGCGAUACUGGCAUCCAUACUUCUGGAUCACCGCAUCCGCAUCCGAAUGCAACUGCGCCUGUGUACAUGCCUACCUUUCAGGCAAUGGAGUAUACUCACUCACCCUCAAUUGCACUGCCGCCACUUCGCAAAAGGAAGACUAGGAGAGCCGGUACGAGUUGCACGCAGGUGGUUAAACCCAUUUCUAUAGGAGAAGGACAGGACUUGGAGAAUAACAUGCAGCACUUUUCAUAUCCAAUUUCGGAGCCCCGUACUAUGACGCCAGAAAGUACAUCUUCCUCGGAAAUUCAGUCAGUGGCUUCUGUUUCUCCGACCUUCAUUUCAUCUCUGCAUUCCCACCGUGCUGCUGCGAUGAAAAAUGCGCCAAUGCACCACAAUACAGAAGAGAGUGGAGGACUCAUUCAGGAAACUGAAAAUACCACCAGGGAAUAUUUCCCUGUAUCUGAUUCUAGAUCAGAUCCCGAAGUUCGCUCGCACCGAAAGCGACUUUCUGAUUUUUCCGAAGACGACGUUAGAAAGAGACUCAAGCAGAAUGAAUGA